UUACUCCCAAAUAGCGGAACAAAGGCCAAAGCGCGCUCCUCUACUUUCACAUUCUCUUCCAAACCCCCACUACAAGUUCAAGCACUUUCAACUCAUACAAAAGCAAGCCAAACAACACCAUCAUCGAUCAAACCAAAUCAUGUACAGUGGCAACCCAGACCCUCCCCAAAAGUCCCUCACAACUAAACAAGCUGAUGAGAACAAGUUCUUCUCUAACUCUAAGCAUUUGUCCAAGGAAAGCUCCAUAGCAAAUCCAUCUUUGAGAGUCUAUUAUGGAGGAUUGCCUGCUAAUGUCCCAUUCAUGUGGGAAUCUCAGCCAGGUACCCCAAAAUGCACAUUCAGUGAGGACACAGCACUUCCUCCUCUCACUCCUCCUCCUCCAUACUUUUCCAAUUCCUACAAAAAACCAAACAAAAAGCAUUCAAGAUCCAAUCUUUUGCACACCCUUUUCCUGAAAAUAAGUCUCAAGAAAGCCCAUGUGCCAUCUUCGCCAUCUUCGCCUUCAUCGCCGUCAUCUUCGUUGUUCUCGUCAUCAUCAGAUUCAUCAGUGAACACAAGGAAGUACCAUGGAAGGAGCCAGUUUUCGAGCACAAGUUCCUCGUUUGAUUCUAUGGGAGAUUAUGAACAAGAGGAUGUUGGCUCGCCUACUUCAACAUUGUGCUUUCGAUUUAGCACGGUGAGCACUGGAGGCAACCGAGGCUGCCGUGGAUUUUAAUUUGAUGAAGAAGGCAUGAUGGUCUUGUUGUGUUAAUAUAUGGCCAUGGAUCUGGCCAAUGCAAGGUUACUCUUAGUUAGUAAUGCUUUGUAAUUUAUCUUAAGUUUUUUUUGUUUAAUGUCUAAAAUGUAUUGUGGUAGCAAUCUCAACUACUGCCUAAAAGUGUACAUCUUGUGGUUGUGCUUCUUAGAUGCAUCUAAACCAUGUUCUAAUUCAGUCAUGAAUACUCCCUUUGCUUCUC